UGUUCUAGGUGGAGGUGCAGCUGACCUGAGGACAGAGGUGGGGCGCCUGGAGUUCCCGUGGACCCCGGAUGUCGUCUGCGUGCUGGCCCCGAGCAACGACCUGGACCGUGGGACCAUCUGCGAUGCGGCGGUGGAGUUGGGCGCGCUCCUGACCAGCGUCCGCAGCCGCUGGCCCAAGGUGUUUGUUCUGGACUUCCCCCCGCGUCUGAACAAACCCGUGGGCCUGCAGGAUCUGCUGCGUCAUGAGUACCACCUAGUCGCAGCACGCAUGGGUCUCCCAUUCGUGGCUGUGACCAGCGGCUUCCCGCUGGAUGGGUUGGAGCUGUGGUCUCAUGACGGCGUGCACCUUAGCGACACAGGUGGCUCGCCCAUCCUGGUGGACCUGUUGUGCAAUGCUGCACUCACCCAGUUCGCACCCGAACCCCCCGCCCCUCCUUCCCCUCGUCGGACGUCGCCACCUGCCUGCGUGGCGGUGACGGGGCCGGACCCCCUGUGGACCAGCGUUGGACAGGAGGGAAAGGCUGGAACACAGCCGGUACAACAGUCCCUUCCCAUCCCGUCCAACCCUGUGUGGAUCAGCAGUCCUAUGUUGGAUGCCAUGGAGGAGUUCGCUCCUUCCUCUGACUCCGACUGCACUGCUGUCUCACCACCUGGCCAGGAGGACCAAACCACGCCAGAAGACAAAGCUAGCGAUCCCAGCGAGAGCUCCGUUAAAGAAUCAGAUUCUUCUUUGCCCCCGGCAUCUGACUGUGUCGUCCCGAUGGAAACAGACUCUCCUCCAAAGGCCACAGCCCCGAUAAAGUCUUCUGAAUCUUUGACUUCCGAUUGCUCUGCUCCUUCCUCUCCUUCUUCCUCUGUGGAUAUAAAGGCGGAUGUAAAACAGGAGGCCAAAUGCAACCAAGAGACCAAGAAAAGCUUGUUAAAAGAGGAGAAGAAUGAUGUCAUCUUUGUGAAAGUGGACACCAAAAGGGAGAAAGUGGAAGAUGGGCAGACGUCUAAUUCAUCUGACCCAUCGUCUACUCCACCGUCUAAUACAGGUCUCCCAUUCGUGGCUGUGACCAGCGGCUUCCCGCUGGAUGGGUUGGAGCUGUGGUGUCAUGACGGCGUGCACCUUAGCGACACAGGUGGCUCGCCCAUCCUGGUGGACCUGUUGUGCAAUGCUGCAGUCACCCAGUUCGCACCCGAACCCCCCGCCCCUCCUUCCCCUCGUCGGACGUCGCCACCUGCCCUGGUGGCGGUGACGGGGCCGGACCCCCUGUGGACCAGCGUUGGACAGGAGGGAAAGGCUGGAACACAGCCGGUGCAACAGUCCCUUCCCAUCCCGUCCAACCCUGUGUGGUUCAGCAGUCCUAUGUUGGAUGCCAUGGAGGAGUUCCCUCCUUCCUCUGACUCCGACUGCACUGCUGUCUCACCACCUGGUCAGGAGGACCAAACCACGCCAGAAGACAAAGCUAGCGAUCUCAGCGAGAGCUCCGUUAAAGAAUCAGAUUCUUCUUUGCCCCCGGCAUCUGACUGUGUCGUCCCGAUGGAAACAGACUCUCCUCCAAAGGCCACAGCCCCGAUAAAGUCUUCUGAAUCUUUGACUUCCGAUUGCUCUGCUCCUUCCUCUCCUUCUUCCUCUGUGGAUAUAAAGGCGGAUGUAAAACAGGAGGCCAAAUGCAACCAAGAGACCAAGAAAAGCCCGUUAAAAGAGGAGAAGAAUGAUGUCAUCUUUGUGAAAGUGGACACCAAAAAGGAGAAAGUGGAAGAUGGGCAGACGUCUAAGCCAUCUCGCCCAUCGUCUACUCCACCGUCUAAUACAGGUCUCCAAUUCGUGGCUGUGACCAGCGGCUUCCCGCUGGAUGGGUUGGAGCUGUGGUGUCAUGACGGCGUGCACCUUAGCGACACAGGUGGCUCGCCCAUCCUGGUGGACCUGUUGUGCAAUGCUGCAGUCACCCAGUUCGCACCCGAACCCCCCGCGCCUCCUUCCCCUCGUCGGACGUCGCCACCUGCCCGGGUGGCGGUGACGGGGCCGGACCCCCUGCGGACCAGCGUUGGACAGGAGGGAAAGGCUGGAACACAGCCAGUGCAACAGUCCCUUCCCAUCCCGUCCAACCCUGUGUGGAUCAGCAGUCCUAUGUUGGAUGCCAUGGAGGAGUUCGCUCCUUCCUCUGACUCCGACUGCACUGCUGUCUCACCACCUGGCCAGGAGGACCAAACCACGCCAGAAGACAAAGCUAGCGAUCCCAGCGAGAGCUCCGUUAAAGAAUCAGAUUCUUCUUUGCCCCCGGCAUCUGACUGUGUCGUCCCGAUGGAAACAGACUCUCCUCCAAAGGCCACAGCCCCGAUAAAGUCCUCUGAAUCUUUGACUUCCGAUUCCUCCGCUCCUUCCGCUCUUUCUUCUCCUUCUUCCUCUGUGGAUAUAAAGGCGGAUGUAAAACAGGAUGCCAAAUGCAACCAAGAGACCAAGAAAAGCCCGUUAAAAGAGGAGAAGAAUGAUGUCAUCUUUGUGAAAGUGGACACCAAAAAGGAGAAAGUGGAAGAUGGGCAGACGUCUAAGCCAUCUCGCCCAUCGUCUACUCCACCGUCUAAUACAGCGUCGCACGAGAGUAAUUCUUCUUCCGGACUCAAGCGCACUUUAUCAGAGGGCUUCGACAACGACGGGCAGGCUGUGAAAAGAGAGGGGAAGAGACCGAAGGUGGAACGAGGAGAGUUGGAGGCUGAACUGGAACUCAAAAUAACGGCCAAAGCCGGCAGUCACCACAAGCUGGAGAAGAUUGUCCAGCAAUUGGUGGAGGAACGGUUGAGGGUCAUCGAGAUGUCCAUUUAUGAGAAGAAUUUCCAGGAACUGAAGGGCAGAGUUGACAAGAUGGACUGUGCCACUAAACACCAGACGGCCAUCCACUCUCUACAGGCCAAGAUAGCCCGACUGUCCAAAAAGUUUGGCGAGGCUAAUCAAGCAUCAGAGAACAAAAGGAAACAAGAGGCGCUUGCUGCCGCCGCCGCUGCUUCUGCCGCUGCUGCCAUCUCCGCAGCCAAGACGUUACUCGCAACCGCCCCUCAAAUUUCCCGGCCAGUCGUCCGGGCAUCCAUGGAGCUAAAGCAGCAUUCAGGGACAACCGUUACUAUACCCCACGUCACUGGAAAGCUGGCCCCGCCUGCUCCAGUGUCCACCUCUACAACCAUGGUCUCACAGGCCCCCAUCAUUAAACUCAUCACCUCCACCUCCAAUGCGGUCUCCACCUUGGCCACUGGCAUCACCACUCAGACCUCUCCAGGCACCCUGCUGCUGAAGACCGGCCCUGGGAGCAGCAUGAUGGCCACUGGCCAGCCACUCCUCAUACAGCUCCCGCUCUCCAUGGCCAACGGCCAGACCGGAACCCUGGUCAACAUCCCGGUGUCUUCUCUGUCUGCGGCCAGCUCGCUCAACAAGCCCAAAACCUCCACUUCCACGGCCACUUUCAUCAUCAAGCAGGCUCCUGCCAUCACCACUUCUGCAGCCUCUAUUCCAGGCGCCGUCACCGUGUCGGCGCUGCAGGGUCCACCUGUUCAGAAGACCACGGGUCAGCUCUCGCUCGCCCGAGCGGUGUAUCAAGGCGGCGCCGGGGGGAUAACGACCCCGAGCGCAGGCGUGUCCGUGACCACGGCAAGGUCUGUGGCUCAGCCCGUGUCUGUAGCUGGAGCCAUGUCCACGCUCUCCUCAUCUGCUACUUCUGGUCCAGCGGCAACAGGAUCAGCAGCUCCAGGACCACCUCAAGGAACAUCUUUGACAUCCAAAACAGACAACCUCGCCACAGGAUUCACCCCGUCCAAAGCUCCUGUAGCAUCUGUGGCUACACCCGCAGCUACCACCCCCGUAGCACGUCCCAAAGGCUCAGUCAUUGACCUGACUGAGGACGACGACGACGUGAUGGUGACCGGAGUGACUGCGGCCACGAUCCCAGCCCCCUCGCCCACCCAGCGUCAGCACACAGUCAGCGUUCCAAGCAUGCAUUCUUCCAUCACAUGUCCAGAUAAUUCCCAGCAUGCUACACACUACAGCAGGGCUAUUGAGGCCACACUAGUAUUUGAGCCCAAGGACUUCAUCCAGUCAGGUUCCGGUGCCAGGUCUUCCCCGCAGAGCAGCCAGAACACCUCCAGCAGCAACCCGUCAGGGAACACCCGCCCCCAGCUGGAUUCCUCAACAACGUCGACGACCACCGCCUCCAUCCGCGGCACCGGCACCGGCACCGGCACCACCCUGCCGCCCCUGCCGGCGGCGCCGGUGCCCAUGACGCUGCCGGCGGAGGCCCAGUGGACCUUGCCCCCCCAGCAGCUGCAGCUCAAACUGGUGCCGAGUCAGAUGGGUAUCAUGCUGUCCUGGUGCGUGUCGGAGACCGACCUGGCGCGCGCGGCGGUGGAGAGCUACCACCUGUACGCCUACCACCAGGACAACUCCAGCGCGGCGCAGCAGCACUGGGAGAAGAUCGGCGAGGUGAAGGCCUUGCCGCUGCCCAUGGCCUGCACCCUGACUCAGUUCCAGUCGGGCUCCACCUACCAUUUUGCGGUCCGGGCCAAGGACAUCUACGGCCGCUUCGGCUCCUUCUGCGAACCCCAGUGCACAAACGUCAUCAAUUCCAGCUCCAACUGAUAAGUAUUGGCCUUUGACUCUUCUUCUUUUAGUCCACCUCGGUCUUAGACCCAGUCUGUAAAUACUUCUCUGCGGGGGAAACUGCAAGUUUGUGUCUUUUCCACGGUGGAUAGGGUUUGUAUAUACGACUAUUCCUCCUCGCUGUCCAUACGGAAUAAUUUAUGUUAUCGGCUCAUGUUAGUCUCACCCAUUUGCUCUCCUGGAGACAUGAUGUCACCAGGGUCGUCAUGGAAACAUGGCAGUGAAUGACAACUUUUGUAAGUUUUGUCUGGUAACCAGACUUGUGACAAACACAAUAAAAGGUUUUAUUAAAGCCCCGACU